AUGUCUACUGCUAAUACCACACAAGUGAAAGCUAAUGGUCCUACCACAGAAGUUAUUAUCGUCGCUUAUUUUUCACUUUUUCUCGUUAUUGUUGGCACAACAUUCAAUUUUUUAACAUUUAUUAUCUUUUGUCAACGAAGAUUUCGAGAUACAAGAGCGAGACCUGUUCUACAUUAUAUGCGAGUAAUUGCCAUCUUCGAUAUUCUCAUGUUAUAUGGAUGGAACCUCGACCAUUAUGUCUAUCCAAUCUACGGUUUCUAUGUUCAACGACUAACUGUAGGGUCUUGCAAGCUUCUCUCAUUUCUCAACUACUUCGCGGCUCAGUCAUCAGCUUGGCUUCGUGUGUUCAUCUGCCUUGAUCGAUACCUGUCAUUGAGUCGACUUCAUCGAACAUGGUUUAGUGAUUCUAAGCACAUUCUGAUGAUCAUUACAAGUAUCAUGGUGUUUUUCACCUUGCUCAAUUUGCAUUUCAUCAUCUUUGCUUGUUAUUACACUUCGAGCGGUACGGUGAGCAUCAGUUCAUCGUUGUUUGUUUUAUAUCCAACAUGGGACUAUGUUAACUUGACGUUUUACAACUUCUUACCAUUCAUACUUAUGGUCACUCUCAAUAGUGGUGUCAUCUACCAUCUCAUCAACCUUCGACGAACAACCACUUUGCAGAACUCACGCAUCCAACAUCGAGCAAUCUCGAUUACUCUGGUCAUUACAACAUUUCUCUUCUUGAUGAUGACUGUACCAUCAACGGUUGCAUUCGCAUUUUUCUGUUGUGACAACAUGGUUCUUCUACGAUCGUUGGAUUGUAUAUUGUACUCAUAUCACAUACUAUCAUUUCCAUUAUAUAUAAUUACAUUUGAUGAAUUUCGACAAGAAUUCAUUGCAAUCAUUUUGUGUAAGAAAAACUAUCGAAGAAUCGGUCCACAAACUAUUACAGUAACUCAAUCGUUAUAUAGAAAAUCAUAUGCCAUAAAGGAAUGA